UUUCCCGUAAAUUAUUGAUUCUAGGGUUCUAGGGCGUAGCGAGCGACCGAGCGAGCGAUCGAGGUACCGGAGGCGCGAUCGAUCGAUCGAUCGGUUCUUUGAGAGCGAUUUAGGUCAGCACCGGAAUGCCAGAGGAGCUGGGGAUCUCGCCGCCGGCGUGGAGCGCAGCUGAGAUCAAGCUGUUUGAGUCGGCGCUAUCGGUCUCCGCUCACAAAUUUGGAUCGGGGGAGCCGAAUUGGGAGAAAUUCCAUCUACCGGGCAAGCAGGGGUGGGAGCUCAAGCAGCAGUAUGAUAUGCUCGUCAAGGACGUGGCGGCGAUCGAGGCCGGCCUUGUGGCGCCUCCGAAUUACAUCGAAGCUCCUCCGCAGGGCUCCCCGGAUCGCAGCGGCAGCCCCGGCAGGAAAAUCCCUGCUUCCAUCGUACACAGGACGAGCGAUCACCCCCCGCAAGAGCGAAGGAAAGGAAUCCCGUGGAGCGAGGACGAGCACAAGCUGUUCUUGAUCGGCCUGGAGAAGUAUGGCAAGGGAGACUGGCGAAGUAUCUCCAGGAAAGUAGUGAUCACAAGAACACCUACGCAGGUGGCGAGCCACGCGCAAAAGUAUUUCAAUCGCCUAGCGUCCAAGAACAAGGACAAGAGGAGGAACAGCAUUCACGACAUUACGUCCGUGUCGCCUCCGCCGUUGAUUUCGCCCCACCACCGUCCGAUGCACCACUGAUUUUUUUUGUUUUUUUCUGGUUUUGCCCUUAUUUUGUCCUGUAGACCUUGCGUCUAUACUGUACAUUGUAUGAAGGAAUUUUUGGAGCUUUCUCAAAACUGUUAUUCGCU